CAACUCAAAGGUUUCAACUUUCGAAUGAUUUCUCUAAAAGAUCAUAACUUUGAGGUCCAAAUUGAAUAACAUAUCUUUCUCAGCCUAGUUGGUUGUUGUACAAAAAAAAACGGUCAACUUGCGGAAAAAAACCCAACAAAGUCUUUACGAAAAGCACGAAACGGCUCGGAGACGAAAGUCAAAAUCGUAACCAACCAAAAAAAAUAAAGCCAUCGCACCCAAUUCAACAACGCAGCCUCUGAGAGAGAAUUUGAGUAAUGGUGUUCAACAGUGCGACGAUUAUGGCGGUGGCAGAAGUCUCUACCGACACGUGGCAGCUGAUAUGGAGGGUUCCGUCGUCGCAAAGGAUCAAUACAGAGCAGCUUCUUGACAUAGCUGUGUGCUACCCGGUGAAUCAAUUGAGUCGUUUCGUUCUCUGUUUGUGGACUUUCAUGUGUCUCCCUUCUCAAGAUUCUUUUUACUCCUACACCUACGAGACUUUAUCUGAUUCUGAUUCUUCUUCAUCAUCGGAUGCUGAUGAUUAUGAUCGAUUUGCUUUUGAUCAUAAUAAUUUUUAUAAUCAUCGUGUUUAUUAUUCUGAUGGUGAUGAUGAUGAUGAUGAUCGAUCUCUUUCGUCGUUUGAUGAUGACUAUUAUGAUCAUUACUCUCAUUCAGAUUGACAUUUUUAUUUUUUCUCUUUUUUUAGUUUUAUUCCAAUAUUUUUGGGGUUUAUGAAGUGAUUUGAUGGGAUUAGGUGAUUUGCCCCUGUUUGUUGAAAGUUACAAUCUUUUUUUUUUGGUCUUGUUUAUGAGUUGUAAAACACAGAAUCAUAUAAUACAAAUUAUUAGACUUUCCCUA